AUGUCGCUACCGCAGCGACCCGAAGAGUCGUCGCCGCCACGACGGGGCGAGCGGCGCCAUGCACACCGCGACUCGCACCAUCGCAGGAGAAGGACGUCCGACCUGGAGAACACGCGAUCGCACGACCGCUCCAACAGCAAGAGCGGCACCCAAUCCUAUGCCCGCGCGCUUCCUUCACCCGGCACCCCCGUGCCCAUGGAGCGCGAUCCUAUCAUGCGAGGCCAACCUAAUUCCUCUGGGCCAGAGCUAGGGAGAAAGCGCAGCCUCAUCCGCCCCGAGCGCCAGCGAAACGACCCAAGCCACCCGAACUAUCACUACCGCAAACACGCCCAGCGCAUGGACGUCCACCCCUCGACGACCGGCAACGACCCCAUCCUCGAAGACCAUCUGGAAGCCGAAACGGUCAGCUCAGACAGUACCGAUGUUAAGCCCCCACACCUGCGAAAUGCCUCAGGCGGAGGCUACAAUGACAAGCAGGCUCCCUUGGACGACGGAGAGCCGCGGAUACAACGCAAGCUGACACGGAGCGAGACAAUGAAGGCGCGCGAGAAGCAGCGCCAGAAGGAGCAGGACAAGCUACGCCCACCUAGUCUGUGGAACGUCUACUGCGCCAUCGUCACCUUCUGGUGCCCGAACGCUAUCCUGAAGUGCUUUGGAAAGCCGCAGAAGGCGCAGCAGCGAGCCUGGAGAGAAAAGGUCGGACUCGUCAGCAUCAUCAUGCUCAUCUGCACGUUCGUUGGUUACCUCACAUUCGGUUUUACGGAAACCGUCUGCCCUUCUGGCGGCAACGCUCGUCUCAGGACGAACGAAGUCGGCGGUGGAUACCUCAUCAUUCACGGCAAAGCCUAUGAUCUCGCCCAGUCCAAGCACCCCCGAGCCCGCGGCGUCCCCGAAGACGCAAACGUCCUCUUCGAUCUUCCUGAGAAACACGGCGGUCAGGACGCCAGCUUCUUGUUCCAGAACGUCAACGGAGCCUGCAAGGGUCUCAUCACCGAGAAGGCGAACUCUGGAAUCCCCACAACCGGCAACGGAGACCUGGGUUGGUAUUUCCCGUGCCGACUGUUCAACCAAGAUGGAUCGACCAAGCCCAACACCACCUUCUUGGAGUACAACGGUUAUCUCUGCCACACCUCGGACAAAGCUCGCAGGGGCUUCUACAGCCUCCACAAUGCUGGUGAUGUUUACUACACCUGGGAGGACAUCCGCAACAGCUCCAGGAAUCUGAUGGUCUGGGGUGGUGAUGUGCUUGACCUAAACUUGCUCGACUGGUUCAACCGAACCCAGGUCAACAUCCCACCUCUAUUCGAUGAAAUCCGCCAGAACCCCGCUGUUCGCGGUGUCGAUGUCACCCGUGCGUACUCGUCCAGCUACGAGAAGCAGGUAGCCCGUUGCUUCACCGAGACUAUUAAAGUUGGCUCCAUCGACACAGAGAGCAUUGGCUGCAUUGCUUCCAAGGUUGUCCUUUACGUCUCGCUCGUCUUCAUCCUGGCUGUUGUCAUGGCCAAGUUCGUCCUCGCUUUGAUCUUCCAGUGGUUCAUCAGCAAGAAGUUUGCUGCUACUAAGACAUCUAUUGGCCCCGCCGACUCCAAGCAGCGAAAGCAGCAGAUCGAGGAAUGGAGUGAUGACAUCUACCGCCCACCGCCAAAGCUCAUGGAUCCAUCGUCCGGCUCUGACCGCAGCAACAAGCGUGGCAGUACCUUCUUGCCACAAACUUCGAGGUUCACCAGCCCCUACUCGGUUGACAAGAACGCAAAGACCCGUGCCCCGCCCACAACCAUGACUAGCCAGAGCACAGCAUCUCGUGUCCUCGGAUCGAACGGUGGCAUGUACAAGCAACUCAACGCCAGCCAGGGCACUAUGCCCAUGGAUGGAAAACACAAUGCGGUAUUUACGGCACAGGAAUCUCGAUCCAGCCUACUCCUUUCCGGUAACACCGAUACCAACCGUUACUCUAGCGUCGAAGGUUCCGGGCCCGCAGGUUUCACACACGAAGCAGUCGUGCCUCAGCCUCCUCCAGAGUGGCAGCCUUUCGGAUACCCAUUGGCUCAUACCAUCUGUCUUGUCACCGCCUACUCUGAAGGUCCCGAAGGUCUGCGAACUACACUCGACUCCAUUGCUACCACCGACUACCCCAACAGUCACAAGUUGAUUCUCAUCAUUUGCGACGGUAUGAUCAAGGGUCACGGUGAAGACUUGACAACGCCCGAAGUCUGUCUUGGUAUGAUGAGGGAUCACGCGGUAUUGCCCCACGAGGUUCAAGCGCACUCGUACGUCGCAGUCGCCAGUGGCUCGAAACGACACAACAUGGCCAAGAUCUACUCGGGUUUCUAUGACUAUGGCGAGACGACGCGCAUUCCCGUCGAGAAGCAGCAACGUGUUCCAGUGAUGCUAGUGGUAAAGUGUGGUACACCUGAUGAGGCCAAGAAGUCCAAGCCUGGCAAUCGUGGAAAGCGAGACAGUCAGAUCAUCCUCAUGUCGUUCUUGCAAAAGGUCAUGUUUGACGAGCGUAUGACGGAGCUUGAGUUUGAGAUGUUCAACGGUAUCUGGAAGAUUACUGGCAUAUCGCCUGAUUUCUAUGAGAUAGUCCUCAUGGUGGACGCCGACACAAAGGUCUUCCCUGACAGCUUGACGCACAUGAUCUCAGCCAUGGUAAAGGAUCCAGAUAUCAUGGGGCUCUGCGGCGAAACAAAGAUUGCCAAUAAGCGGGAUUCGUGGGUCUCCAUGAUCCAGGUGUUUGAAUACUUCAUCUCCCACCACUUGGCAAAGUCAUUCGAGUCGGUCUUUGGUGGUGUCACUUGCUUGCCCGGUUGUUUCUGCAUGUACCGCAUCAAGGCUCCCAAGGGCGGUCAGAACUACUGGGUCCCGAUCCUGGCUAACCCUGACGUCGUCGAGCACUAUUCGGAGAACGUGGUCGAUACGUUGCACAAGAAGAAUCUGCUACUACUAGGUGAAGAUCGUUAUCUGUCGACGCUUAUGCUCAAGACGUUCCCCAAGCGGAAACAGGUUUUUGUGCCGCAAGCCGUUUGCAAAACCACUGUACCGGACGAGUUCAAAGUCUUGCUGUCACAGCGCAGACGAUGGAUUAAUAGUACGGUCCACAACCUGAUGGAGCUUGUGCUAGUGCGAGAUCUGUGUGGCACCUUCUGCUUCAGCAUGCAGUUCGUUGUGUUCAUCGAGUUGAUCGGAACCCUGGUCCUCCCGGCCGCCAUUGCCUUUACCUUCUACCUAAUCGCUAUCGCUAUCAAAGCCGCCAUCCUCCACACCGAAGCUCCUGUCAUACCCCUCAUCCUGCUAGCGCUCAUUCUUGGUUUACCCGCGGUUCUUAUCAUCGUAACGGCUCAUCGAUGGUCUUACGUCGCCUGGAUGUUCGUCUAUCUGCUGUCACUGCCUGUUUGGAAUUUUGUGCUUCCGACGUAUGCCUUCUGGAAGUUUGACGACUUCAGCUGGGGAGAUACUCGAAAGACGGCGGGCGAGAAGACGAAGAAGGCAGGACUGGAGUAUGAGGGAGAGUUCGACAGCAGCAAGAUCACGAUGCGCAGGUGGCAUGACUUUGAAGCAGAACGAAGACUCAAGACACCAGCGGCGACAUCGGCUGGCGGAUGGCCACCGCAGCAACAGCAGCAGGGAUACGAUCAGUACUAUGAUAAUUGA